CGGCUGUCUGUCAAAGCCUCGCCAUGAGGCAGGAAGCAUUUCGAAUCAUUUUCGGUACAAACUUUGUGUCGAGCACACGUAGAACCCACUCCAAUCAAAUAAACGCUGUCAAUCAAGCCAUACAAGAUGAACUAUCUACUGAUCUUUGGGUGUGUCUUGAUGAUGACGGUGAUGGGCGACUGCCUGCGGAUGAAGCGUUCUCAGGGCGAUGCUACAGAUGAUGCCAAUGUAACCACUGUGAUGGGCAAAGAGGCUGCUCUGAAUGCAAAGGCCACCUUGGUGGCCAAUAGCACUGUCACCACUGCUAGCAGCACGGCAACCACAUCUUCAAAGCAGAAAGCCGCUGGAGCCAAGCACACUACGGUGGAUCAAGGAAAAGCCACCAACGGCACUACCACCCCAUCAGCCGCGGCUGCCAUGGCUUCCACAUCCUCGCCACUGCCCUCGGAUGCUGGGAAAUUCCAGCUGGUGGAGGAUCUGAUGGGGCUGCGUCGUCCCAAGAGGCGUUUGGGUGGCCUGAUGGACGAGGGCCUGCAGCCACGACAGCUGCACCACAAGCGUCGCCAGCCGGGGGAGUUGGCGGUCGGGGUCACCACCUCGCUGCCCACACGCCCACCCAAUCCCUAUGUGUACUACAACAAGCUGGUAUCGCCGGAUGGCAAGCACGAGGUGAAGGAGUUCGAGCUGCUGGCCCCCAACAUGAUGAUUGAGAGUGUGCAGCAGGAGCUCAACUUCGGCCCGGAAGUGCUGCCACCGGAACUGGCUGAAGUGCUGCUGCUGAAUGCAGCCGAGAACACGCCGCGCGGCCUCCAUAACUCGGCUCCACUGAAGCACCACCGCAAGCACAAAUCCUCGCCAGCUUUGCCACCGAUGCUCUACAUGCUGCAACAGCUGCUGCAGCCCACUUUCGAGGGUAACAUGUUGGUGGAACCGCCGAAGGAGCCACCACAUCGCAUUAGCUCUCCCCUCUAUCAGUUCUUGGAUGGCGCCAUGGAUCUGGCUUUGCGCAACAACCCCGAUGUCAUCGAUCACCUUCUGGGGGAUCACCUGGAGCUGGAACUGGAGCUGGAGAAGGACAAACUGAAGGGGGCCAAGGACAAGGGGGCGGCCAAGAAGGCCAAGAAGGAGGCACUGAAGAUGGAGCCCAAGGAGGAGCUCAUUGUUAGCUGCCCCAUCCACCAUGAGCACCACGCCAACCGCAACGGCGAGAUGGUCGAGGAUGAUGUCGUCCUGGUCAACGAGUGCCACCUGGUCUAGAGAGAUAUUUAACAGCUUCCACUUAGUUUCUUAAAAAUUUGAGGUUUCUUGUUUCUUCUUAUUCUAUUUCCCUUUGCUCUAACCGGGAAGUCUGCCUAAAAUUGUUCACAUAUAUUUGUUAGUUACGAAUUUAAAAGAUUUUAUGGCCGACUUUCUUAAACUAAAACCUACCAAAACAAUAAAAACACAAUACACGAAA